CUUCAUCGUCAUCUCCAUCUCCAUCCUCUAAAUUUCUGAUCCAUUCCCCCAUUCCGCUGACACUUCAAUCUCCAUCGUAAUCAUGUCGUGGCUUUUCCCUCAAGACUUCGGCGACGAGUAUCGCCAGCAGGCGCGGACGCUGCGAAUCGUGGCCCUGGCCUGCUGCUUCCUGGGCCUCUUGUUCCUGAGCCUGCACAGAUGGAGCUCCAAGAACCUUGCGUACCUCUUCCCUGUCAUCUGGUCCCUCGUCGACGGCGCGUUCAUCGCACAACAAAAGACCAUCCAUCCGCUCAUUCGAUCCGUCUGUGACCUUCUCUCGGUCUUCUUGUUUAUUAUCGUUAUCCCCAUAAUGUUUGCCGUGGGACUGCUCUUCUUCAGCCUCCUAACUAUGCUCAUGGGCUGGGUGUUCACUGUCGCAGCGUGCGCCCACGGCAUGUUGUGCUUCCGCGCAGGCGUGGAGUUUUGGCGGCGGUUGGGGUUUGGCGGCAACGUUCAGUUGCCGGUGUAAGGGCGUUCAUACGUCGGAGGGAGCCUGGAAUGAAGAGUGGAUUCUGGUUGGGGAGAAGGGAUAAAAGGGCGUAUACUUCCGGCAUGAGAAGUCAGCCUGUGUCAAAUAUAAUGUGUUGUCUUCGUCGGAGCCACCUAUUUCUAGUUUAUGGGUCUCCUGAUCUGGUCCGGCAGAGUGUCUGUAUGCAUACUUGACUCUUGCUGACAACAUACCCCGGCCCCUAGCCAUCUUCUUUGACACCCUUUGCGCCUUAUCAGCAAGCUUGGCCCACCUUCGUAGCUCGUUCUGACUGUUAAUCGUAGAAGGGUUGUUGAAUAUGUAUGGGAGUAUUCAAGAG